AUGACAGCCGAAAAGACUAUUCCAAUUAUUAAUGGGAAAGCAGAUGAUGGUAUGGACCCCGAAGCUUCCAACACCAACCUAGUGCGCAGCAAUGACAGGAAAGUCAAUGAGAGGGGACACUGGAACAAUAAAAUAGAGUUUGUGCUGUCUGUCGCUGGAGAGAUCAUAGGACUUGGCAAUGUGUGGAGAUUCCCAUACCUUUGCUAUAAAAACGGAGGCGGUGCGUUCUUGGUGCCAUAUGUCAUAUUCUUUGUCUGCUGUGGCAUCCCAGUGUUCUUCCUGGAGACGGCACUGGGCCAGUUCACUAGUGAAGGGGGGAUCACCUGCUGGCGGAAAGUGUGCCCACUUUUUGAGGGUAUUGGAUAUGCCACCCAGGUUAUCGAAGCACAUCUCAACGUCUAUUACAUCAUCAUUCUGGCUUGGGCUAUAUUUUACUUGUUUAAUUGCUUCACGACUGAUCUUCCCUGGGCGUCAUGUGGACAUGAGUGGAAUACAGAGAACUGCAUAGAAUUCCAGAAAGUGAACGGAACCAACAUAACCAACCCCAAUGCAACAUCCCCAGUGAUAGAGUUCUGGGAGCGCCGCGUGCUCAGCAUCUCCAGCGGAAUCGAGCACAUUGGGAGCCUGCGAUGGGAGCUGGCACUCUGUCUGCUCCUGGCCUGGUUCAUAUGCUACUUUUGCAUCUGGAAGGGGCCCAAAUCCACCGGAAAGGUGGUGUACGUCACCGCCACCUUCCCCUAUGUGAUGCUGCUGAUCUUGCUAAUUCGGGGGAUUACUCUACCUGGAGCCGCAGAUGGGAUUAAGUUUUACCUGUACCCUGAUAUGACUCGGCUGUCGGACCCGCAGGUCUGGGUGGACGCCGGGACCCAGAUUUUCUUCUCAUACGCCAUUUGUCUGGGUUGUCUCACGGCCCUGGGGAGUUACAACAGCUACAACAACAACUGCUACAGGGACUGCCUCAUGCUAUGCUGCCUGAACAGCGGCACCAGCUUUGUCGCCGGGUUUGCCAUUUUCUCCGUGCUGGGAUUCAUGGCGUACGAGCAGAACGUGCCGAUCGAGGCUGUGGCCGAGUCAGGACCCGGCCUGGCCUUCAUCGCCUAUCCCAAAGCAGUGACCAUGAUGCCUCUCUCUCCCCUGUGGGCUUGCCUGUUCUUCAUGAUGCUCAUCUUCUUGGGUCUGGACAGCCAGUUUGUCUGUGUAGAAAGCUUGGUGACCGCCAUAGUGGACAUGUACCCUCAGACCUUCAGGAGAGGGUACAGACGAGAGCUUCUCAUCCUUUGCAUGUCAAUAAUCUCCUAUUUCCUCGGCCUGAUUAUGCUGACAGAGGGUGGGAUGUAUGUGUUCCAGCUGUUUGAUUCCUAUGCAGCCAGUGGGAUGUGUUUACUGUUUGUGGCCAUCUUUGAGUCCAUAUGCAUUGGCUGGGUAUAUGGUAGUGACAAAUUCUACACUAAUAUCGAGGACAUGAUUGGCCACAAGCCAGUCUUCUUCAUCAAGUGGUGCUGGAUGAUCCUGACCCCAGGCAUCUGUGCUGGGAUCUUCCUGUUCUUCUUGAUCAAGUACAAGCCCCUGAAGUACAACAACGUAUACACAUACCCAGACUGGGGCUAUGGUAUAGGCUGGAUGAUGGCCCUCUCCUCCAUGGUCUGCAUUCCCCUUUGGGCCGCCUUUAAGAUCUGGAAAACAGAAGGAACCUUUAAAGAGAGAAUCAAGAAGCUGACCACGCCCAGCCCAGACCUGAAGAUGAGGGGAAAGCUGGGAGGCAGUUUGAGUCCAUACGCCGUCAAUGACUGUGACGCCAAACUAAAGGGCGACGGAAACAUCGCCACCAUCACAGAAAAGGAGACACACUUCUGAGCGGCCAUGGGCAAACUUGGCCGCGCCAUGCCACACCAUGCCACGUCACACCAUGCCACGUCACAACAUGCCACGGAAGUGACCGCAACCAUCAAGGACACUGACGAAAAACAGACGACAGUAGGAACAAAUUCCAUUGUGUGUUCUUACUCUGUAAAGAAGCAGAAAAGGUCAUAAUUAUAGAGGCUCGCUUAUUUUGCACAAACUUCAUUAACCGGUUCAUUUUAGGUCAACAUUACAUAAUAAGUAAAAUCUACUCUCUUAAUGUUACAAAUAUAUAAAAAUAUAAACUGCUCAGACCUGAUAGUAUUUAGUCAAACUUUGUGACAGUAGUAAAUGUUUACUGUUAGAAGGACACCAAUGUAUAAUGUGCUGUAAAACUUUUAUACUUGGACUUGUUUUGGCAAAGUGAUGUAUAGGUAUGUUUCUAAUGUCUAGGAUAACUUCGACCAUCCCAAAUUGUAAUGUAUGUCUACGGGUUGAGCGAGCAUCCCAUCCUUGCUGUUAUCGAGCAGGAGGGCUCUUCACUCUGGCCCCGGUCAUAAUAAUCACAUGUAAUGUAAGGAAUGAGGCUCGGAGACCCAGAGUGGGUGGGGCUAAUCUGUAGUAUCACAUACUGUAGUCAGUCACUGCCUGGUCUUAAGCCAGUGCGUUAAAGCCAGUGGAAUGUUGGUUAAAUUACUUGUGUUUGAUAAGACAUGAUACCCCACUCAUCGUGGAUGUCAAAGCCUAAUUUUGUCAAUCAGAUGAUCCCACCUCCCACACUUCCUGUUCCUACUUUGAGUCACUUCGCAACUCGCGGGGCGAGUUUACGAAAGUAUUAUUUUUUCCUAGGUUUUCUUUUUUUUUUCUUCCAAAGGCAUAGAAUUCUGUUAUUUCACAGUGAUUAAACUGAGUUUAAUCAAGUGUGACAGAAAGAGGACAGAGGUGGGGGGAGGGAUUUAUCGUUACGUUAUCUGCUGUAGCUGUGAAUCAAAAUACAGUCCUGCACAUGUCUAAGAUCCACGUGUCUCUACCACCCAACCACCCCACCUAUACAGUGUCAAUGUCUAACAUGGAGUUUACAUUGUAGUAGCGUCACACAUGUAUGGACCUGGGUGCCUGGAGGGCGGCAUUCGUGUGACACCAGGUCGGUGGGUUUAGCGGUACCUGUUUGCGGGCCCUAGCUUGGUGGUCAUGGCUUUCGGUUCAAAAGCCAGACUGAGGCUGGCUGCAUCUCGAAGCUCCCUAACUCUCCACCCGCAUUCUGUUUGUGUGCUACUGUUAUUGCUGCUGCUAAACAGUCAUGGACCUGUGGACUCUGUACACAUGCAUGCUCCUUUGGUGUGGUCUGUACCAUCAUGCAUCACUACUCAAGUUUGUGCUAGUUACACGUGCACAUUUAACUGACAAUUAACAUUUUUGAUAGAUGUAUAUUUUUCAAUCUUGUUAGUCUGUGUACUAUUUCUUGAGAAAACAUGUAAAAGAUAUCCACAUUUCUGUGAAGACUUUUGCUAUGUUGUACAACAAUUUGUCCUUUUGAAGUUUUAGCAGUAUAAUGAAAAUGUUGUAAGUACUGUUUUACACAGAUUUUGGUAUUCACAGGGCACAAGAUUUUAUUGUCUGUUUACUCAUUUUUGAAAAUAAAUAUUAAAAAGGAUGUUAGUA